AGGAAAGCAGGCCACAAAGGGACAAAAACAAAUACUUGAAGAAAAUAAUAAUACUCUAGAUUUUUACUUAAAGUUAAUGAUAUUUGCUGAGGUUGCAUUCUUUGUUUUUCGGUCAARGAUAUUUAGUUUUUCUUCAAGUUGGAUAUCUUGGACAAUGUUUGUAUUUGCUACUGUUAURUAUUUUGGAUGUUACAAGUUCAUGGCCUCGAUGGCAGUCCCUACAUAUUCUGAAUCCAGAGCUUUGAUUGAUGGAGGGAUGGACUUGAAUGCUGAGUCAGGGACAUCAGAGCAUGUUAAGGAUUUAAUACUCCUCACAGCAAUUGUGCAGUUUUUGGCAAUAUUUACUGAUUACUUUUGGUUUUUCUUGCUGCUGGCACCGUUACGAGCCAUCUACUUGUUAUGGACAUACAUUUUGGGUCCCUGGUUCUUUGCUGAAGCACCUGAAGCUGAAAUAGACCCAAAYAAGCAGAAAAAGAUGGAGCGUAAAAUGAAGAGAGCUGGGAUGAUGCAGUAGAUUUGAUUGCUAACCCGGAGUGUAUUUAUUUGGAAAGUUAUGAAAUUCAAAGCUUACAGCUAUAUGCAUACGUUAUUCAUUUGAAACAGGUUGCAUAUCAUGGAUUGCUCGUGUGGAAAUGAAUAGAAACUACAACUACGGAAAGAACAUGAAAUGCGAGUGAGUUUCCAUCAAAAACUUAGUUGAGCCCCUUCAAAUACGAGGCCAAGU